AUGAGCCUGGUCCUCCUUUUACGUGGGAGUCAAGUCUUGCUGAAGACCAGAAGAUGGACCCAGACAUACGCUCUUUCAUCUGUUCGGACUGCGGGAAAAGCUUUGCACUGCAAAGUGAUCUGGAGGACCAUCGGCCAACCCACAUGGGGAAAAAACCAUAUUCGUGAGUCCACACAGGUGAGAAGCCUUUUCCCUGCCCUGUAUGUGGCAGAUGUUUUCACCACCAAGACCAACUUGGCCUCACACCAGAUCAUCCACACGGACAGGAAGCCAUUCCCAUGUAAGGAGUGCGGAAAAUGUUUCUCCAGACAAUCCUCUCUUUUGAUGCAUCAACAGACUCACAAUGGCAACAAGGAUUUCACCUGCAACGAGUGCGGGAAGAGCUUCGCCUUUAAGAACUACUUGCGCAUCCAUGAGAAGAUUCACACCGGCGAGAAGCCGUUUUCCUGCUCGGAGUGCGGGAAGUGUUUUGUCCAGCGGUGGGCUUUAGUCAUUCAUGAGCGCCUUCACCGGGGCGAAAAGCCCUAUUCCUGCGCGGAGUGUGGGAGGUGCUUCGUCGAUAAAGGACAGCUUGCCAUCCACCAGCGCAUUCACACAGGCGAGCGGCCGUACGCCUGCUCCGAGUGCUACAAGAGUUUCGUCCAGAAGUCGGCCUUGCGGAGGCACCAGAGGACGCACACGGGUGAGAGGCCGUUCUCCUGCAGCCAGUGCGGGAAAUGUUUCGCACAGAAAGCCCAACUGGUCACCCAUCAGAAAGUUCACACCGCCAUGAAGCCGCCAUCCUCUUCAUAG